GAUUCAUUUUUCCGUAUCGGUUGUUCCUGUCUGAAGGACUCCCUUGUUUUGUGUAUUACGAUGAACUGACAGCGGGCUCGGGUCCGACGGCGACACGUUUACUCGCCCUUGUCAGACCCUACUAUUGCCAAAUCAUGGAUGCCUGUGCCAGGAUUAGAGGUGUUCCUUUAAAGACCAGAGCAUCAGUCAGAAAAGAGAUCAUCUCUGAAAACGUGGUCCAGUCUGUGAAGUCUUUGCUCAAGAGCAGUAAAGAACUGUGCAGGGUGGUGUUUGAGGAUUACCAGAAGGAACCAAUAUGCCUGACUGAGGUUCAUUUUGUGGGCUUGCCCAGUUUGGCUGAAGGAGUAGAUAUUCAAACACAACCCCAUGCAGCUGUUUCAAUUGACCUGCUAGAGCUCCUGAAAUCACUACAUGUACACAGUCUUAAAGAUGAAGAAGUGGUGCUGCUGAAAGAUAUGAAGAAACACUUUGAAACAAAAGACAGCACUUCCCAGGCUGUCUGCGUAAUUAGGUACUCACCUGCACUUCAAAGAAGUAUUGGAAACACAGUGUUUGCUCUUCUGAGCAAAUAUACUACUGGAAUGAGAUAUGCGUUAGAGCUACAAUCCUUACAGAAAAAUCUGCCAGACACCUGCCACACAGAGGAAGAUGACACUAACCAAUCAGUAUCAUCCAUUGAAGAUGACUUUGUAACUGCUUUGGAGCACCUGGAUGAAGAAGAAACAGCAGCAUCAGAAAGCACUGCACUGAGUUACUACAAUCAAAGAAACCAGCGUGAUGUUGCCUCCCAGACUGUUCCAUCUCGCUGUGCUGAUACCUCGGGGUCCAAGAUCGUCAUCAGCUCAGUCUGUAGGAAGUCCUCUUACAAGCCAGCCUCUUUAAUCCCAGAAGUAUCAUUGUCAAUGAAAAGUUCAGUUACAACAUCAGUCUCAGAUCCGGGGAGGCAAAGUAGCUUCUACCGACCAUGCAGUCCCCAGGAAGAACACAUGGACUUAAUGCUGACAAGUAUUACAUCCACGUCCAUAACCGAGUCAGAAGAGUCCGAAUGUUCUAGCCCAAGUCCAAUCAUCUUCUUGGAUGAAGAUGGAUAUCAGAGAAGUCUGAAAGCAAAACUCGACAUCCCGGAACUUCCAGUCCUCAAAGACGGCGUGGAGGAUUCAGACUCUGAAGUCAGUGAGUUCUUUGACAGCUUUGAUCAGUUUGAUGAACUUGACCAAACUCUUGAGGAUGCCACUUCUGCCAGCCAAACCCAGAAAAGAAAGUACGCCCAGGAUCAGUCCACCAAGUUUGUGUCUAUAGGCUGCUCCACAACUGCUGCUAUGAACCCCCAUAAAUUUGAUCACCCCAUCCUUCCUGCCAAUGUCAGAAAGCCCACCCCUCUUAAACCAGAGUCUCCCUACAGCGUCCUCUCAGAGGUUCCAGAUUCUCCACGGCCAGUGAGGACUUCUGGAGAAGAAAGUGGAGCAUUAUUUAGUCCAAUUUGUUCCUCAGCAUUUAGCCCACUGGGCAGCUGUAGUGCCUCAGAGUAUUUCUGGAAAACAGAUGAAGAAAAGACUGAACUGGGCAAACCUCAGGAUCUUGCUGCACUUUAUAAAACUUACUCUGAUUAUGCGAGUAACAUUUCAAAUGAAAUUCUUGGUUCAGUUUGUGGGUAUACAUCCCCUGUGGACAUGAAACUUAAUAAAAACCUAAGCUGUGUAUGCCACAUGAAGUUUAAAAACAGGCAUGGUCACCUUUUAAAACUAACUGAUUUCCAGCAGAUGGUUACAAUUGCUAAGCCCCAACACAAAUCUCAACAGUUAAAAGAUGGUAUACAGAGGCUUGCCACAGAUCUGGUUGAAAGGAGCCUUGGCAGUGCAUUCAGAGAUUUACAAAAAGGCGUUUCUUCUUGCACCACUACACUUUGCCAUCUAGCUGCAAGGCUGACUUCCUCAGUUUUUCAAAUGGCCUUUCAUGAGAUUGGCAUGAGGCAUGCCUACGUUUUGAAGGAACGUGCUGUUAAUGGUUUGGCAAGCUUUCUGGUCGGGGAAGCAGUAUCUGGGGCUCUGAAAGAGUUCCAGUUUGUUAAAAAGCAGAUGUUCAACAACACAGUAGCACGUUUUGCUGCAGACCUUGCAGAGGAGUUGGUUUUUGAAGGUAUCAUGGAGGUGUGUCAGUUUUCACAUCCUCCCACACCUUCAACUCCAAGCAGCUGGUCUUUUGAGCAGGAGGAAAAAGUGGUCCAGUCAUACGCUACUGAUCUGUCAGAGUCUGUACUUCAAGAAGCAUUUAUUGAGCUAUCUCAAGCAGAUGUCACUUUCACAACACAAGCAGCAAUCAGUGUGUCUUUGGAUAACAUCAGAUAUGUUAGAGCUGAGAGUAUUAAACAAGCCACAAAGACCUGCAAUGUAUCGACAAAUUAUUUUGCAUUACAAAAUACAGUUGACCCACUCCCUUUAGCUAAAGACAUCUGCACUGUAGAGAAGGCUUUGAUCUGUGCAUCUGGUGUUGCAAGUUGUAUUCCUGUCCCUGUUGCUGGGAAGGUUAUCUCUCCAAACCAGACUUGUCAGAAUAGUACACGUCUCUACUGUACAUCUGAAAUGAGUCCUAAAAGAACCAUAGACUCUGGACAAAAGUCAAGCGUGGUGUCCAGUGAGGAAGUGUCGGCAACAGGACGUGUUCAAUUAUUGCAGGUUCCUGGUCAGUUUGACCCAAGCUGCAGUCAUGCUUCUAAUGGCACUAAUUCUGAGACUGAACAAAGAGUCGGUGAUGAAUCUGAAGACUAUGCCACUUCAGAACUAACACCUGGGACAGCAAACUUCCAGAACCUCUCUGGAACAAUGGUAGAUCUGAUUGUGAAUGAGGCUUAUGAAUUAAUGAGUUCUUCAAAAGUGAAAAAAACAGUAGAAGAAUGUGCUGAUUAUUUGAGCAAGAAAAUUGUGGACAGAAUGCCUUCUGUAGGUCAGUUAACACCUAGGAACCUGUAUGCUGAACAUUUGGCGGAAUCAAUUAUGAAGCAUACUGUCGAUAAAGUCAAGACAAAAGCUUCAAACACAAAUGAAUCAGGCCAAAUUCAAACUUCAAUGACAAUGGAUCCAGUGAUUGUAGCAGAAUACACUAAACAAAACCCUGCAACAUAUGAUACAGACUCAAACCAGCUCAAAGGAAACAUCCCUGAAGAGAUACCUACCUUUGCCAUGUUACCAAGCUUGAAUGUUAUUGACUAUGCAGGUCCCAGCAUUACCGGGCUUACAAGCACUUUAACAAAAACAUUAAUUGAGCAACGUGAAAGCGAUGAUGCGCAUCAUAUCCACCAUGCACUGUUCAGAGAUUCUUUGGAGGUUCCAGGUCAUGAAGUAGAAUUCUCAUCUGCAUGCAGAGACCAGAACAGAGAGGUUCUGUGUGUUGAGCAGGGGAACUCCAGUGGUUCCCCUGGUACUCCACCUCCUACCCCACAGCAGCCUCAGCAUGUUUGCCAGGAGAAAAGGAUUAAGCAGUUUUCUAAAAAACUCAAAGGCAAGCUGGCUAAUGAGUUCUCCCCUGCAACACCUCCUUCAACACCUCGUAACCAGUCAGAUACUUGCCUCGCUGAAGUGGGCAGUGAAACGGAGAAGGCUGAUUUUAUGCUGAAGCUGAUGAGGUCCCUCUCUGAUGAAGCAGAAGGCAGCGAGGAGGAGGACGAGGAGGAGCAAGAGGCACAAUCUGUUAUACAGAUGGGCACCUCCCAAACAGAACAAAGGACCUCUGUCGAAAUGGGCAUAUCGAACAUCGAAAGGGGCACAGUACGUUAUGCAGACCGGCUGGCUUGCCAUAUACUUUCCAUGGCGACUGAAAUGGCUACUCUGUGCUUGGAAGAUGGAAGAAGGCCUGAGCACACUGAAAGCAAACCCCUUCCUUUUUGCACUGCAUUGGUAGGACAGUUCUCUGAACAGUCUUUGAACUCUUUAAGGAACUAUGCUGGCGAAAUGUCUGGGGAAGUCAUCAGUGGUGUAAAGAAAAUUAUCAAUUUAAAUCAGUGUAGGCACAAAGCCUUUAAAAGAGGCAUCGAUUGUUUCUCUGAGUGCCAACACCUAGGCGACCAUGAGCAGGACUGUAGGAAUGAAAGAUUAAACAACAUGGCAGAACAGUGGUCUGGGGAUCUCUUGGCCUCUGUUCUAAAUUUUCCUCCAUGUAAUAGUCUAAGUGGGCUUUCUUCUAAGUACCCCAGCUGUGAAAGCGUGACUGAUGAGUAUGCUGGGCAUAUUAUUAGGGUAUUAAAAAGAGAGGGUGGCAACAGUGAGCUCAUUUUAGAUCAGUAUGCCAGUCGGCUGGCUUAUAGAUCCAUUAAAUUGGGCUUGGCACAAGCAGCUAGGAAAAUUAAGCAUAAGUGUAACAUGAGGCUUUAUUCUACCAGAAGAUCACCUCAUGAUAGUACAAAUGAGUUGUUCCGCUUCGUUAAUGCAGAGCAAAACCAUGAGAUGGAUUACAGAAGGAAAGUAAAAGGCAGUAGUGCUGGUGAUGGUCAUCAGUGUGUGCCUCAGUUGAAUGAAGAGAUGAACAGCAGUGAAUACAUGGAACUGCUGGGUUUUGCAGAGUCUCUGGCGUACAACAUAACAUGUGACGUCACAAGAAAAUUAAGGUCCUCUACAGUCAGGCUGCCCAAGUCUCUCACAGAUUCCUGCCUCUACAAAAAGUCCAAACUCGAAGACAUGGCUGAGAACCUUAUUAAAACAACCUUUUCUUGCUCUCUCCUGCCUUGCACACAAAGGAACAAACAGUACCACAGCACUGGCAGUUUAAACGAUUGUAAUUGCAGUGACAAUGUUAUGCAAGUAAUUGAACACUACGCUAGAAAAAUAGUUGAUGAUACCUUAGAAAUGACCUUGGCUUCUGGUAACCCCCAGUCUGUUGGAGAUAGAGGAAAAAUGGACAGACAGACAUAUGCAGAAACACUAUCUGAAGCAACAUUGAAGUCUGCUCUAGCUGACAAGGCCUGCAGAUUCAGCUCUAUCAAGGAUCAUCCUUAUUAUGUUGGUGCUCACUGCAGCUAUGCCACCAGACAGCAAUUGCAGGAGAUUCCCAGAAGAAGGAAACAAGAAUGUGAAUCAAAAACAGACAAUUGUUGCAAUAGGAUCAGGGGAUGUGGUCGUGGCAUUCCCAGAAUCCACAUUGACCUUGAACAGAAGGUGGUUUUUGCUGAAGAGAUGGUCUCAUGGGCUAUUGAGAAAGCAAAAAAAGAUCUCAGUAGCACCAGCCUCACUACGGACAGUGGUAUUGGGCACGAUGGCGCAAGCUUCGCUGAAAGCUUCACCACAGAAAUAAUGACCUCUGUGAUGUCAAAUGUCUGCCAAACCAUUAAUAUUAGUGCUCCUGGUAAGGAAGGGCUUCACACCUCUGAGUCCACAGUCAGUCAGCAGCUUAGCCUGAGUGUUGGGGAUGACAGCACUGGCAGCUGGUCCAACCUGAGCUUUGAAGAUGAGCAUCCCGAUGAAAGCAGCAGCUUCCUUCACCUCAGCGACAGUAAUGGUAACAGCAGUAGCUGGAGCAGUCUGGGGUUAGAAGGAGAUAUUUAUGAGGAGAAUUUAUCCUUUUCACCAUCAGACAGUGAUGGAACUGAAGACAAGGAGGUUGAGCCCAAGGAUGAUACUGAAGGGUUAUUGCAUGUGGGCAGAGCGCUGUUGGUGGUUAACAGUGAUGUGAAAGCGCACAGUGUAGACCUCCAGUUACGGAUCACAUUGCAGUGGAUUGCUGCUUCCCAUGCUGAGCUGCCAGUACUACAGUUCUGCCAGCCACCUGAAAAGGAGCUUGGACUUCUCCCAUUAGUGUUAAAAAGAGUGAAGGAGAGGGAAUGGAAGGUGGGAGACCUUUUGCAGGCGGUCCUGAGACAUUGUGAAGAGCUGGAGCAAGAGGAAGCCAGAGAGAAUCGUUCACACAAACCUUUUUUUGAGUGGCUGUUAGAGUGUGCAUAAAUACAAACUCCAGAGCCAGCAAGCGUUGUGUUUACUGACAAUAAAAAGGGGGGUCCUGCAUUGAGGAAUUGAAACACAAGUAUGUGUCCCUUCAGAAAUUAUUAUUAUUUGUUUAUUUAGCAGACGCCUUUAUCCAAGGCGACUUAGAGACUAGGGUGUGUGAACUAUGCAUUAGCUGCAGAGUCACUUACAAUUACAUCUCACCCGAAAGACGGAGCACAAGGAGGUUAAGUGGCUUGCUCAGGGUCACACAAUGAGUCAGUGGCUGAGGUGGGAUUUGAACCGGGGACCUCCUGGUUACAAGCCCUUUUUCUUUAACCACUGGACCACACAGCCUCCUUAGAAAUAAUCUAACAGUGCAGUCAGUAUGCAGUGAUUUGCAUUUUGCCAAAAGCAGAGCCCACAGUUACAUAGUUUAUGGAUUGUUACUGUUCUAAUCUACAUUGCAUUUACACAUCUGCAGCUGGGAGCAGUUAUCCCAGACACUACUGCUUUGCUUCAAGUGCAUUGUGUGUCGGAGUGACAGAUAUUGCUUUUAUAAUAUUAUUGCUGUGCAUAUCUUCAUCAGUAUCUUGACAUUUGUGGCCAUUUGUGCAUUAUAGUUAUAUCCAGUGUUCAAUGAGUGCAGUGAAGAGUGGAGGAACAGCACCAUAAAAAUAAAGAGUCUAAAUCUGGGAAUUCCCAUGACCUAAUCUCCCACAGUGUCAUCGAACAAGCACGGACACUCCCCUGGCAGAAAACAAUACCAGGCUUGUGAUCCUGCCUUUUGGUAUUUUCUUGUUUGUUUCUAAUACAGCAGUUGUUUUUCUUUAGCUGUGUAUUUUUAAUGAUGUUUUACAAAUGCUUUAUCAGAAACAUUUCCCCUUUUUAGUAAUACAGCUGGCACGUGUUUAUCAGUUCAACUGUAAACAUUGCACUUUGCAUUCUGAUAAUAAUAAUAAUAAUAAUAAUAAUAAUAAUAAUAAUAAUAAUAAUAAUAAUAAUAAUAAAAAGCUGGAAAAAUGUAUAUGAAAAUUUUUUUAAAUGGGUCCAUGGAUGGAAAUAAGACUCCCAUUACGUAGCAGUUUGAUCCGUUCCUGGUUUUACUAUGAGUUCAAUAAGACACACCUGAGCUUGUUACCUACACACAGUGGCUACUCAAGCACCCUAUAAAACCUGAACGGGGUGAAACUGCUAUGCAAUAGGAGUUUUAUUUCCAUCCCUGGGAUCUCAAUUAUAUAUAUAUAUAUAUAUAUCUACUCUGAUCAAAUGUAUUUUAUGGUUUGUAAAGCCUUCACUAUUCAGUAUGCAGUAUGUAGUAUUGUGCAAGAGAGGGUAUUCCCAUGUUUCCUCUCACAUCAGAAGUGGUCUCCACUGAUGCACAUAAAGUAAUUACUCUUUUACACACUGAGCUCCAGUCUGCAAUGUGCUUAACCAUAGGGAGGUGAUGCUUGCAUGACAUAACUUCAGUGUUAAGUCAUUGUGCAUUCUCAGGUAAAGUAUUUUUCAAAUGCUGGUUUAGUAUACGGAUACAUUUCUAAUUCAACUUAUUGUAUUGAUUUACUUUCUAAUACUAGUAUCUGUGCAGAUACUGGUUUGGACAUGUAUAGAAACUGACUAUAUCCUAUCCACAGAGAAUCUGUUCGAAAUCCUGCAAUCCAAAAAAAACAACAAAAAAAACACAUCUUAAACUGGAUGUCUGUGUUUUUAUUCUCUAAACAGGAAAUCUCACAGUGAACUAAAGUGAAGCUUCUAUUAGACAAAAAUGGAUCAUUCAUUUGGACACAUUAAUGCUCCCUGUUUUAUGUUUUAUUAAUAUUUACAACAUAUUUAGCACCCAUACUUGUAACAACAUAUAUUGUUGGUUCCUUUCAUUAACUGCUGUAAAAUGAUUAAACAGACAUGCUUCACUUCCAUUCUCCUAAAUUGCAUCAGUAAGCACAGUAGGCUGAUGUGUGUACCAGUAAAUACUGUUGAAAACUAGGUCCGUACUAUUGGUGUGUCUACUUCCAUACUGCUAAUCUCAGUUGGUCCACAUUCUCAAAUAGUUAACACAGUAGAAUAUUCGGACCCCCAAAAAUGAAAAGUGCAAUAUAAAUACAUUUAUAUUGCACCUUUCAGGUAAUAGAAUGUCUAAGCAGAUCUACAAACCUGAAGGUUAUAAGUAGUCAAGGGAAAGCAAUAAUCAAUAAACUGAAAAUGCAGUUUUCAUAAUUUCCUUUAGGAGUACAUCUUUUAAGACGGGUUAAGCAACUCAGCAAGGUAUUUUGAAGCCAGGUAGAAAGUUUGGGCUAAAAAGGACAAGGCUCAGUCAGUUCCAGUUGUAGGGGAAACCCUCAACCCCAACCCCCCCCCCCCCCCCCCCCCCAAAAAAAGCUUUUUACAGAACGUGUUCUGAGGUUCAAAUUCAUGUUGUAUUGGUGUAAAGUGUCACAUUGCAUACAGUAGCUUUUUAAACUAUAGAUCAGGGAUCUCCAGCCCUGGUCUCCAGAGAGCCCCAAUCCUGCAGCUUUUCUAGGUGUCUUUAUAUCAUCAAUGGCUAAAGAUCUGGAACACCUGUUAAUCUGUUAAUCUGGACUAAUUAAGACAAUAUGGUGCAAUUAAGUAACUGACAGCUCGGUUGAAAUGAAAACCAGCAGACCCAGCAGCUCUCCAGGAUUGGGGUUGGAGACCCCUGCUAUAGAUAGAUAGACCUGGAGUGAUGCAGCUCUUUGUAGUCUAUGAAAUGUAAUGUAACAUGUAGUUUCAGUCAAUAAGUGAUGCAUGUAAGUUUUAUAAUGUAUCAAAAAUAGCUCAAACUGGCACUGUAAGUAGGGCCAACUUAUUUUAUUAUUAUUAUUUUAUUGAUCACGUAAGAGCUGUAGUAACACAUAUAAUGGCUCAAACUGUGAUAUAAUUGUACUUGAAGACUGACUAAAGGAGUUAGGAGGAGCAUGGACAAUAAAAAGUACCUAUAAAAGUAAGUGUUCCGGUGGUAACCAGGCGCAUCGAAAUACCACCAGCCUUUAACUGUAUAUUCAUUUUGCUGGGAUUUAUUGACACCCAUAUUACCACCAAUAUACACAAUAAAAAGACCUUGGACGGAGGUCCUCACUACAGCAGAUUUCCAGUGUUACAGUAACAUGAUCAGACCUACUCUACAGGAGUAACAAGACCUUGUUACAUUUCAUGGUAUGGGAAUCCCUUUAUCCUUAAGUACUUCUGAGACACACCUAGUCAGUUUGAGAAAUGGUUUGUGCAAUUUAGCAAAAAUUAGUUUUGCACUAUUAUGUGUGAUUGCUUU